GCACCGGAUGGCGGUCAAGGGCGAAUGCGCGUCGCCUUCAUGCUGCUGUGCUCCACGGCCUCUCCUCCCUCGCUGGUGCUGGAACUGGAAGCAAGCGUCGCAGGCUCAGAGCUAGCAUAUACAGAAAACGUGACGGAGAAAUGUGAUGUAUACAGCUUUGGAGUGCUUGUUUUGGAGCUAUUUAUGGGAUCCCAUCCAGGCGAUUUGCUCUCAUCCCUCUCGCUGGCCACCACGAACAAUGAACUGUGCCUGCAGGAUCUUCUGGACUCUAGGCUAGUGCUCCCAGAUGCUGGAAUCUCUAGAGAUAUAUACCGCAUGCUCACUGUCGCAGUCCGGUGCCUGGAACCGAGUCCAUCACGCAGGCCAACCGCACGACGUGUCGGUGAUGAGCUAUCUACGAUAAAAGCUUGUGAAGAUCAUGUCGAUUAUUUGCACGCUGGCAUCAUAUUUCCUGCACUGUAGUGCCUAGCUAUGGCUAUGGAUGGUGAAUUCGUAUCAUGUGGUUUCUUCUCUGAUACCUACCUAUCUGUUUAAAAAGUGUCACUCUCUCUGUAACUGGUAUAUAUGGAACAUGCAAACCAACUCUACUGCAUGAACUGCUAUAUAUGUUUCUGAACGUGCAGUACGGCUCAUUAUAGAAAAAGGAAACAUGCGGUAGUAGUGCUGAUAAAGUUCAGGGCGAGAUGUGUCUUCAUUGCCGGUGUGCCUCUCUGGUGCUCAUUCAUGUUGGUGCGUUUCUUGCUACGGUGCCACCAUGUUCUCUUUGA